AAAACAAAUCAAAUAAACCAAUAGAAUUGUAUGAGAUUUAUGAAUUGUUUGGCUAUAAAAUUGGCCAAGACGAGUUGAGUAGUUAUUAGUUUGAAACAAACAUUUCAUCAUCAUACAACUAAAAGAACAAUCAAGCUAGCAAACAAAUCAACAGCAUUAUGAAAUUUUUUGUGUGUAUUGCCACCGUUGCCGUGUGUUUGGGGGUUGCUGCCGCAGGCAGACCUUCAACUAAAUAUUUGCCACCCAACUUUGCGGCUGUAGGUGCUGCUGGUUCCAGUCAAUAUCCUCAUUAUCAUGGUGUUAGUGGUGGACGUGCUGCCCCUGGUGCAGGCCACCAAUAUGCUGCUGCUGCUUCAGCUCCCGUGCAUGCUGCCUCCCAGUAUGGUCAUAAUAGAGCAGCUGCUCAAAUUCCCAUUCUAAGAAAUGAUUACAGUAAUGAUGGCAAUGGCAACUAUAACUUUGGUUUCGAAACCGGCAAUGGUAUUAAACGUGACGAAACUGGUCACUUCCAAGGCUCUUGGCCAGGCGGUUCUUUGAAUGUUGCUGGCUCCUACUCAUACACAGGUGAUGAUGGAAAACUCUACUCCGUUAACUACAAGGCCGAUAGCAAUGGUUUCCAUGCCGAAGGUGAUCAUUUGCCCACACCACCACCAAUUCCCCGUGAAAUUCAAGAAACUUUGCAUUUACACCAACAUGGUACUAGCCAUCAUGGCUCUGGUGCUUCUUAUGCUGCUCCCGCCAGCUAUUCGUCAGGUGGCCAUCAUGCUCCCGCUGGAAACUUUGCUGCCGCCAGCCAUCAUGCUGCCUCUAAUGUGCGUGCACCCAAUGCCAACUAUUUGCCACCCCAACAAGGCCAAGGUUACAACUAUGGCAGACGUAAUUAAUUUAAGUAUUCCUUUUUGACACUCCCCGCCCCCUUCGCCCUAGAGCUACCGUCUAAGUAUUGAUGUUAAUAAAACGUAAAUAAAUUUGUG